AUGUCACAGCGAAGAAAUAAUAGAAACCAGCUGAAGCGCUCCUCCAAUGGCACCAGCACUACCCCAGAUGAACUUGGUAAUUUGGUGGAAAUGUUCCCAGACUGGGAAUCUGAUGAUUUGGCAUCACUCUUGAGUGAGCACAACAACCUUGUGGAAGUGGUGAUUGAUUUGAUCGUAAACAAUAAGGUUUCGAAAUGGGAGCCUAGUAGAAAGGAAGUGAAGAACAAGAAGAAGGACAAAGAAGAAGAUUCCAAUGGUCAAACCACGGUUGUAGAACACCAGCACCGUCCCAAGGAUCCCAUUCCCAAAAAAACAGUGAGAAAACGGACGCAAAAUCCUCCAUCCCAGACAUCGUCUCAACCUUCCAGUCAUACUUCCACGCAGCAAUCACAAACCCCAGUGAAGAGGGAAGCGUCAUCUACUUCUGCCAGUGCACCACCAGGCAAUUCGUGGGCAGCUGCCUUGGCAAAGGAUAAGCCCAAGCCCAAAACUGCUACUAAGGAAACCAAGGAAGUUAAGGAAGAACCCAAAGAAAAAGAACCAAAAGAACAAAGAGAACCCAAGUCGCAUAAUAAAAAGACUGGCACCAAGCACCAGCCAAGACAGGAGACGGCACCAGAGCAAGUAAAAGGAUACGGUUGUGGAGCGAACCCGCUACCAGUACAAGACAUCUUCAUGGUGCCAGUGCCAUUGCGCCAAAAUCCAAGCCUAAUGCCCAAAGCCCAAUGA